CUUGAUGCACAAGCAGGUUCGAGUAGAUUAUUGCCCCGUUCUCCCAGUCUCCGAUCUGUUCCUCGACCAGUCGAGAGAUCGUUAAGCGUCGUUUUCUACUCAAUCAAGGACGUUGAUUCGAGACGAGCGUCACGACGUGAGACUACUUGACACGAUCUAUGUAUAAAGGCGGGGUAAUUUACAAGAAUGUCUCGCCGCUACGAUAGUCGCACAACAAUUUUCUCUCCUGAAGGGCGACUCUACCAAGUUGAGUAUGCCAUGGAGGCCAUUGGCAAUGCUGGGGCAGCUAUUGGCAUCUUGGCACAAGAUGGAGUAAUCUUAGUUGGUGAGAAGAAGGUCACCUCCAAACUCCUCCAGACAUCACGCUCAACUGAAAAGAUGUACAAGGUUGAUGACCACCUUGCAUGUGCCGUUGCUGGGAUCAUGUCUGAUGCUAACAUUCUGAUCAACACUGCUCGAGUUCAGGCCCAACGGUACACGUUGGCCUACCAGGAGCCCAUGCCAGUAGAGCAAUUGGUUCAGUCUCUUUGUGACACUAAGCAGGGCUACACCCAGUUUGGCGGUCUCCGUCCUUUUGGUGUUUCCUUCCUUUUUGCAGGGUGGGACAAGAAUUACGGGUUCCAGCUGUACAUGAGUGAUCCUAGUGGUAAUUACAGUGGAUGGAAGGCAGCCGCAAUCGGUGCCAACAAUCAGGCAGCUCAGUCAAUGCUGAAGCAAGAUUACAAGGAUGAGAUCAUGAGGGAGGAAGCAGUGCAGCUUGCUCUGAAGGUGCUGAGCAAGACAAUGGAUAGCACGAGUCUUACAUCAGAGAAGCUUGAACUAGCUGAAAUCUUUCUGGAGCCGAGCGGCACUGUGAAGUAUCAGGUAUGCAAGCCAGAUUUGCUGGAGAAGUUGCUGGUGAAACAUGGGUUGACUCAGGUUGCUCCCGAGUCUACUUGAGUUUGGUGCUUCUUAAGGGAGUUGUAAUAUGCACCUAGAUGUUUUAUGAAACAUUGUCAUGACAGUGACACAAGAAGUUUGGCUGGUCGAGAAUUUGCUUUAUUUUGCAUGGACAUUUCAAAUUUGUAUUGCCCUUUUUAUAAGGAAUUGCCAUUUCGAUAUUUUGUUGAA